GUGUUCCUCUGCAGUCUUAGAAAGGGAUUCGAGCCAAGUAGCGUAUGUACAUAGAUAGGUGACUUGUCGUCAAGAAAUUGGUCAUCAGCGUUAAUAAUCUCGCAUUUGUGUACGCUUUCCUUUUCUUCUUGUCAUUGGAGAGGAUUAAGUUAUCAUUGUGUAAUAAACCAACUACUUCCUGUGCGUAUUUGUCAUUCAUUGUGCGUGUCUGGUUGAAUAAGUCGAGUUGAUUGAUAAACUGUGGAUAAAAGUUGAGAUUAAAGAAAGUGAUGGCUUUGGUGAAUUUGGUAUGUUUGGUUGUGGUGGGUGUGGUACUGGAGGUGGCGUCUCUUCCGGCGGGGGUGAAAUACCCGACUGGAAAACGGAUCCAAAUUCCGUCCUCAUUUGCAAAAUCGUACUGGGUUGGAGGAUCAGCCUUUACGAGAGAUAACUUCAAAGGUUUACCCCUCUCAUUUUACACUCCCGAACCAAAGUGCACCAACUUGACUCCCGACACGAAAAAGUCGCUGAUUACCAAGACUGAGUCCGGAACCGGAAGCGUCGCCGACUGUGUUCUCCUCUACAAGGCGAAAAACUGCGAGGGAGCUUACAUCAUGGGCCAUCACUUGGAGGACGCCAUCCCCGACAUCUUCCGUGCCGAGGAUAUCGCCUCUGUGAAAGCCUGCCCCCCAACCGACGACGCCUGGCGAGGUCAACAAGGUCAAGCCGAGGUCAGAACGCCGAUCCUCGAAUACGUCGACCCUGCCCAGUAUGAAGAACUCCUCGAAACAGCCGCGGACCCUCGGGAGGACGCCCCCUUUUACAAAACUGUCGAUUUAGGCGGAAGGUCGUAGGAUUUCGUCGAGGUGUAAAAAUAAGUCAGUACUGCCACCAAUUUGUUCUGUCGAAAUGAGGGCAGAAUUAAAAAUAGUUCUUAAUUAAAUAGGUUUGUUAAGGGUGUGGUCGUGAAAAUGAUAAAUAAAGACUACAGUAAAGAA